UGUAGUAAUCGUGCGACAGAGAAGACACCGCUAUGGAGGCGCGACAGGUGUGGGAAUGUGGUCUGCAAUGCGUGUGCGCUCUUCGCCAAAGCCACGGGCCGGUCAAGACCUCUGAGCCUGAAGACAGACGCAAUCAAAUCACGUCUGAGA